GGGAGGAGAGCGCGGCCUCAGGGAAGGAGCCUGGAGCACAGAGCCCUGCCCAGCGUCCUCGCCGCCAUGGCCCUGCCGCUGAGGUCCUUGAGCCGGGGCUUGGCCACCGCAGCCAAGGGCGACCACGGAGGCGCCGGAGCCAACACCUGGCGCCUCCUGACCUUCGUGCUGGCGCUGCCCAGCGUGGCCCUGUGCACCCUCAACUGCUGGCUCCACGCGGGUCACCGCGAGCGCCCCGAGUUCAUCCCCUACCACCACCUGCGCAUCCGCACCAAGCCCUACUCCUGGGGGGACGGCAACCACACGCUUUUCCACAACCCGCGCUUCAACGCCCUGCCCACGGGCUACGAGAACCCCUGAGCCUGGGCGGCCCAGGCCAAUAAAGGUGUAGAAGCCCCGA